AUGUUUCCAAAGCCAGUCGGGGUGUUUGGUGGAGUGCCCAAGGCAGUGAAUUCUGGCUUUGUGAUAUUCUUACCAAGCUCCAUGGUCGAUACGUUGAAAGCAUUAUGCCAUAACCUUGACUUUGCGUGGAAUGACCUCGAGUGCUAUGAGAAAGAAAAGGAAAGGAAGAAAAGCCUUUUUCAGCGUGAAAUUCUCGGACUUCAGUUUUUUGAGGCGAAAAUCAAGUGCUUAGGGAGCAUAAUUGUGGAACACGUUCAAGAUUGCUUAAAGCCCCUUGCAGAUAGUGAUGCCGGUAUACUACACUGUUUGGUAACGGUUAGUAGGCAAUGA